UCUCAGAAUCUCAGAAACGUGCAGUCUGUCUCUUUAAGUGAGAGUGAAAGUAAAAUCUGAUCCUUUCUGGUUUUCCCUGCAGGGUGUGCAUCAGUGCGUAUCGUGUCUGGAUCUACUGUUUUGUCAUUAAUGUAAUUUUUCCUGAGUCUCUACAAUAGUUCCUGUUUGUGUCAUUGUGAGUAUUGUUAUCUUGGCUAAUAAUUCACUGUAAAAUGGCAGAAGCUGGUAUUUUAGUGUUUCAGGAUGAGUUCAGCUGUUCAGUCUGCCUGGAUCUCCUGAAGAAUCCAGUUACUAUUCCCUGUGGACACAGUUUCUGUAUGGUGUGUGUUAAUGAUUGCUGGGAUGAGGAGGAUCAGAAGAAGAUCUACAGCUGCCCUCACUGCAGACACACCUUCACCUCAAGACCUGUCGUGAGUAAAAACACCAUGCUGGCUGAGGUGGUGGAGAAACUGAAGAAGACGAGACUCCAGGCUGCUCCUCCUGAUCACUCUUCUGCUGAUCCUGAAGAUGUGGAGUGUGAUUUCUGUACUGGGAGAAAACACAAAGCCGUCCAGUCCUGCCUGGUGUGUCUGGCCUCUUACUGUGAAGCUCACCUCCAGCCUCACUACCAAUCUCCAGCCUUUAAGAAGCACAAGCUGGUCAAAGCCUCCAGACGACUCCAGGAGCAGAUCUGCUCUCAGCACGAUAAACUGCUGGAGGUUUACUGUCGCACCGACCAGCAGUGUAUCUGCGUGCUGUGUACCAUGGAUGACCAUAGAGGACAUGAUACAGUGUCACUUAAAGCAGAAAGAUCUGAGAAACAGAAGCAGUUGGUGGAAACACAGAGGAAAUACAAGGAGAGAAUCCAGGAGAGAGAGAAGGAGCUUCAGGAGUUAAUAGAGGCUGUGGAGACUCACAAGCGCUCUGCUCAGACAGCAGUGGAGGACAGUGAGAAGAUCUUCACUGAGAUGAUCCUCUUCAUUGAGAGAAGACGCUCUGAGGUGAGGCAGAUGAUCAGAGAUCAGGAGAAAGCUGCAGUGAGUGAAGCUGAAGAACGUCUGAAGAGACUGGAGCAGGAGAUCACAGAGCUGAAGAGGAGAGAUGCUGAUCUAGAGAAGCUUUCAUUCACAGAGGAUCACAUCCAUUUCCUCCAGAGUUUUAAGUCUCUCUCAGCCCCUCCUGGAUCUUCAGCAUCACCUGCUUUUACUCUCAGUCGUCUCAACACGUUUGAAGUUGUCAAAAAGUCUGUUUCUCAGCUGAGAGGAAAACUAGACGAAUUCUGGAAAGAGGAAUUUGAGAAGACUUCAGCUGCAGGUAAAAACUCUUUCAGUAAUAUCCUUCUUCCUCCUGAACCCAAAAGCAGAGAAGAGUUUCUGGAGUAUUCCUGUCAGCUCACACUGGAUCCAAACACAGCCUUUAAACACCUCUUCCUGUCUGAGAGGAACACAAUGGUGACCCGCAGCACCACAGUCCAGCCAUAUCCUGACCAUCCAGACAGAUUUGAUGUAUUUCCUCAGGUUCUGUGUAGAGAGAGUGUGAGUGGACGCUGCUACUGGGAGGUUGGGUGGAGAGGAGAUGGAGGGGUUGGUAUAGCAGUGUCUUAUAAAAGCAUCUCCAGGAAGGGAUACGGCGGGGAGUGUAGGUUUGGGGGUGAUAAUGAUCAGUCUUGGAGAUUGUUCUGUUAUUUCUCCAGAUACACAUUCAGAUACAAUAAUGAAGCUACUGAAAUCUCUGGAGUGCCCGUCUCCUCUAGAAUAGGAGUGUAUGUGGAUCACAGGGCAGGAACUCUGUUCUUCUACAGCAUCUCUGAUACCAUGACCCUCAUCCACAGAGUCCAGACCACCUUCACUCAGCCGCUCUACGCUGGGUUUUGGUUAAACAUCGACUCAUCAGUUAAUCUUUUACUUUCAGCAAAAUAGAUGAACAUUCAGAACAAAUAGAAGAGCUGGAUGAGAUCAGAUAAGAACUGCAGAAUCUAGA